CCUUUCCAGCCAAACGUGCUGGUGAGCGGUGCUGGCCGUCCCCGCCGGCGCCUCAGCGAGCAGCCCGGGAGAUGGCCACGGCUGGUGAAUGAACCGCCCGGCACGGCGCUGGAAGCGCUCCGGGUUCCUCCAGCAGUGCACCUCGCUAGGGAUUGUAAAGAAUUAAAAUGGGAAUUUAGGCCAACUGUGGGGGAAAAAAAGAAGUUACUGAUAAUAUUACCUCGUAUGUCUGUAUUGCCAUUCAAAGUUAAUAUAUUGUAAAAAUAGAGGCAUGAAAGUUUACAACAAUGCAUAAAGUUGCAAGCACCUUCAAGAUUAACAAAGACUUGCAUAGAAGUAUGGACCUCCUUUGCUAGGUUUUAAUGCAAACCAGCGGGUAAUUGGGUCAUAGACAUAUGGGAAGUAAUGGAAGUUACUUGACUGGCUGUUGAGAAAACUCUUGAAACCGGAAAAACAAAUGUUCCCCUUAUGGACAUCUGGAAAAAAAAAAUAAAAUUGAGAAAUUGACCCCUAAGAGUUCUGAAGUCCUGAAGAAGCUGUUGUGUGCUGCUGCCACCACCUUAAUAACAUUACACUGAUGGAAUCAUGUGAACAGUUGAAGAACAUUCAAGUUUGCCAAAGGUGAUUUCAGCUGAUGCGUGUGACUGUUCAAUAGUCUGUAUUACAACGGUGGUCAGCCUUCCCAACUAGAAGCCAUCUUACUUCCUUUUACCACCAAUACCUGAAUUUUCUGGCAGUUCUUGGACCCAAGUUUGGGAUCAUGGCUUAGUAUGAGCAAGCCUCACUCAUGCAGUGCUGGUACCUCAGAAUUGAAUUCUUCUUAAUACAGUGACCAUAUGGGAUCAAAGAAAAAUGGUCUACUGUUUUUCAAAUACUUGAGUUUGUUGUUACUGUGAAAACUGGAAGAAUAAUCUUUCUGGACACUUUAAAGACAGCUGGUAGGCAUAGCAAAAUGCUUUGUUUGAGGCAGGUUUGCUUGUUUACACUGAGGCGUUGCCAAGCUCGGACUCUGUGUAGUGAUCUGCUUUUGAGCCAGAUAAAUAGCUGCACCCAUGAAGAUGAAGUGUUCAGCCUUGUUGGAAGGAACAAGGCCGGACUUUCUGAGAAGCAUCUGGGAAUUGCAUUCAACGUACUGUGGCAAUUGCAAAAGGAGAGGCCGCUUCUCUUAAGGACUACUGACUAUGUGAAAAAUCACUCCCAGUUUCUUACCCUUUGUGCUUUGGCAGAAAACAAGGUGAAACACAUGGAAGAUGAGGUCGUAGUGGACAUCUUAUAUAGUAUUCUGAGGCUUAAUGUUGAAGACCAUGAUUCUCUAGCACAAGCACUUGUUAUAGAAGCAUGGAAAAGAUUAGAAAGGCUUACUUUGCCAGCUCUGUCUAAAUUCACACUGUGCUUAUACAAACAACGCAGGCAUUUCAGUCCCAUAAUUGGCCAAGUAGCUCAUAUUGUGGACAUGAAACUGGAUUCUAUACAGGAUGUAAGGAUCUUGUCAGUUUUGAUGGUCAGCAUAUCUGAUGUUAUCUCACAGAGUUUUCGAGAUCGAUUACUACACAAGGCUGAAGAGCUCUUGGAAGAAGAGAAUGAAGGCCACUUCAACUAUGCCAAAAGAUUGCUACAGUUUCUUCAAAAUGUUAAACUGAAAUAUCAUCCGUUGCUAGAAAAAUGCAACAGGGUUUUCCUGAAAAGUGCCUCCCAUCUUGAUAUCCACAGUAUUAGUAAUAUUUUUGGACUGUACGAGCAGCUGGGUUUUGACAAUGCUGAAUUCCGCUUGGUUGCUAACCAGCUGCUGUCUGAAACUAUAGAUGAUUGUUACAAUCCUGAAACCUUUGCAAAAUUAUUUUUUGCUCUUGGACCUAUGGCAGAAUCCAAGGUAAGAGAAAGGUUGCUGGUAACUGCAGCACACAUGGCUGAAGAAUUUAGCGGUCACCAGGUAUUGGUGAUACUGAAGACAAUGCAGAAAAUGAAAUGCAGACAUUCUCAUCUACUUGAAAAAAUGGCUUCUGUUCUGCACAAGCACUUGGAUAGCUACCAUGUAUUACAGCUGGUGAAGUUAACGCAGUACUUGAUGGGGUUGCGAUGCCGCAAUUUGGAGCUGUUUGCCAAACUGAAAAUUUUACUGUUAGGUUAUUUAAAAUCUAGUGUGAUACCUGCUGAUACUGCAGCCAUAAUUCGUGUUCUGGCCAUGCUGCCUUCUUUUCAAGUGGAGGAGAUGAUUAUAAACAAAGCAGCAGCAGUUCUGCCUCAAUGCAGUCUCCAUCAUUUGAAUUGCAUUGCUACAGCUCUUGUCAAAUGGAAUCAUCAUGACCAGUUGCACUGGCAAAACAGUUCUGAGCUAUGUGCAAAGCUUCUGCAAAAACUAAAUGACUGUGGAUUUGAGAGGCUUCAGAAAACCAACAGCUUAAAUCGUCUGUUGGAAGAACUUACACAUGUGAAUGGAGAGUGGUUUGAAGAAGUCCUGAAUGAGGAAACCAUGGCCAUGUGUCAGCGCUUGAUAGACCAAAUAACAUGGGCAAAUGUAUUACCACUGUCUUUUUUCCUCCAAAAAACAAACCACCGUUGUCCUGCCUUAUUUGACAGAAUAGCUUCUGUGACUGUUGAAAAUAUAGACAAGAUCCACCCCUCCGAAAUCUAUUUUAUUCUCUUCCUUUUCUCUACUUUGAAUUAUGACAAUGAAGAGUUCUUUAAGAGUUGUAUCCAACAUCUUACUUCUAACUUGAGUUGUUUUGAAGUUUAUCACUUGGUGCUCCUUGGUCACGUUUUGGCAGUGGCUGGGUAUUUUCCUCCUGUUCUGAUAACAACGAUAUUUAAUGUUUCUUUCCUAAGCAAACUGGAUGCUCAACUUAAAGUCCUGCCUGAUACCGUAAAGCAGAGGGUCUGCUCUCGCCUCAUGAAAUUGAACCGAGCAGUCUGUCUGGAAUGCCCGGAGUUUCACAUCCCUUGGUUUCAUGAGCAGUACUGUCAACGUGUCUUUCAUAACAGUAUGAGCCGAAUAAAUCCAGUGCGACAGCACGUUCACAGAAUGCUGACAGAGAUCUUAGGAGGGAGCCAGUACUCCAGGAUAUCUGUUCUCACACCAUACUACUAUGAAAUAGAUUUUGAGUGUGUCCUGGAUGAAAAUAAAAAGCCUCUUUCCUAUAUGGCUCAGAAUAUACCUUUGGAUGAUGGGGGGGGAAUACACUUGAGAUGUGACAUCAAGGACGAAGGGAGAAAGGCUCUGCCCCCAGGAGCUCAGAGAAUUGCUUUGGAAUUUCUUGAUUCAAGAGCUUUUAGCAAAGAUUAUUCACGUCAUCUGAAAGGAGAACUUGCAGUGAAAAAACGGCACCUGGAAAUGCUGGGAUACCGUGUAGUUCAGAUUCCUCACUUUGAAUGGAAUUCUAUGGUUCUGUCAACAAAAGGUGAACAGCUAGAAUACCUGAGACAGCAGCUGUAUGGAAUACAGUGAUGUCAGACAUGCAGUCUAUAGUAUUUCCAUAAAAACACUUCCUGUACCACCAAGCGUUUCGUAAUCCUGGAAUAUAUAGUUUCAAAAAUCUCUUUAUCUGUGAGUCAGCUGGACCAAGGCUUGCCAUGGGCAUCAAGUGUAAAGGGAUUGCAAAAGGUAGGUCACAGUGGGGCAUGAAGAUGAGAUAAGGAUGCUUAAAAUUUCCCAUUAUCUGGAAGCUAUUAUUUAAUCACAUAAAGCUCUGGCAGUGUUGCUGUAAAAUUACAAUAUCAUCUCCUAAAUUAAUAGUACAGAAGCUUAGCCAGACAUAAAACUCUCCAAAAAAAAAGUUGGAAAUACUCUUGACUGUGAGAGAAGUGUCAGCAAUCUAUUGGAAACUAUGUCUGUCCUCCAGCAUGUGACAGAAUGAAUAGCUGGGAAUCAACAGUAUCUGUACUCUGAAACCAAGAAACUGAAAUGCAAAUUUACUAAGCAUAGGGCUGCUUUUAGAGCCGUUCCGUUUCCAUCUCCCAGAACAGAGGUACUGUGGGGGACUGUGCUGGGGGAGGGUGUUGCGUGGGGAGGAACCUCCAGCUGCUUCUCCUACCCUGUGAUGUGGCGCAUACAAAAGUAUGGCUGAGCCUUCUGGAACACCUUCACGUACCUAAAAACCCUGCCAGGGUUUCUGCAGCAGGCACAAGACACUGAGAUGUAGAAGGAAAAAAUGGAAUAGGCAGCAGAAUGUUCAUUGUAGAGCAAACUGUAGGGUGGUCAUACUUGACAGAUGACCCUUUUUCCAGAGGCAGCCGCAUUGUGCCCACGGCUGCCAUCAUCUCAUGACUGCUUGCUGUGCCUGUCCUUCACAUACACAAUGUGGGUGUGUUUUCUUGCUUAUUUAGUGAAGCAGUAGACAUUCUUUUACCACUUCCUUUGAAACCUGGCAGAGGUAAGCAACUGCAUUUCUGAAUUGGCAAUUAUGCAUCUGCUGUCACUUUUUUUGGUUUUACUAUUCAGUAGCAGAAGAAAAUAUUUUUAUUUACUAAAUACAAAUCAGGACAGGAAUGGAAAUUCAGGAAAAACCAACAGAACUGAUUGGUACUUUCCUCCUGAGGCAACCCUCACAUUCUUUAGAUUAUGACACCCUCUUUAUUCAAUGGAGAAAUCCUUUGAGGAGAUACUACUUUUAGAAAACUGAGUGCUCUGUUUUGGGCAAAGGCUGUGCUAAGAAAUCUGUCCUGUCAAUAUGGUAGUGAUGAUAAGCUGAUCAUUAAAAAAGACAGCAUCAAGUGAUACUUUGUAUAAUUUUAAAAACAAAGUUUAAUUGUUAAAAGUUUUCAAUGUCAAAAUGCAUCAACACUUUAUUAGAUGAAA